AUGGCGUUAGUCCCCGUUGUUAAUCCACCGAUUGGAGUGGAGUUCGACGAGGAAGGCGAGGAUCGAGAUGAAUUUCACAUCGAUAAGCUUGCGACAGAUUUUACAGAAACAGAGGAAUCGAUUCAUCAUAACGUGUAUCCAGAGAGUGACGAUGAGUCUGAGGGUAAUGGUUGUGGUGGUGCUGCGCGUGGGGGGACACCGAUCGUUCGUGACGAUGGUAUAAUGUAUAAAGGGCAGAGUUUCUACAAUGGAAUCACGUUUAAGGAGUGUGUGACUGAUUAUGCACUGGCAACAAGUUGUAAUCUGAAGCAAUACAUGUACGAUAUAGAUGGAAUCGGGUUUAGGUGUGUUGGUGCUAAGGGAAAAUGUCAAUGGAAAGUUUAUGAUGCGUCUCUUCAUAAUGAGUCGAUGUGGAGGAUUACGAAGUACACGAACACCCAUGUUUGUGUGCCUAAUGGAGAUUGUGAGAUGUUUAAGGGACUUGCUCCUAAUGGGUACACUUACUCCAAGGAUGGGGACCCUUCUCGUCGUGUAUUAGUCAGCCUUUAUGCUAGGUUGGGCAUUCAUCAUUACAAUUUUCUCAUGGGAAAAGACGUGCAGCCCGAUAGCGUAAUGAAGUACACCAUAUCCACUUAUUCUGCUGCUUGCGCUUACAGUAUUUAUUUCAAAGGCAAGGAUCCUGCUGCUGCAGAGACCACCAAGCCUCCAAUUUUUGAGGCUGAAGUAGAUGAGAUUGACUAUGGCCAAUUCAUUUUGGUCUCCUAUAGAUCUGGACCUUAUCCUGCUGAAAGCAAGAAACACCUCGAAGGUUUACCUAACACCGUGAUGGGUGACAAGUUGCUCUCAUAUUUCGAGCCCGAUGAGUUGCUUUCAGGAGAGAAUCCUUUCCAAGAUGACACAGGCCGAUUUCAUCUGCUGGAAAAAUCAGAGGUUCUUAAGAAUGAGUGGAUCCGUCUGUAUUUGGAACUUGCGGUUGCCACAACUAAUAGAAACCAUAUCAGACACGGUGUAGGCGCUCUGAAGAUUCACAAAGUGGCUAUGGAGAUCACACGAGACCUGGAGCCCUUUCACAAGGGACUUGGCGCCUAUGAUGCUACUUUCUACAUUAAAUACACAGACGAUUGCAAGGAUCGUGCUCGUGCUGGUGAUGAUGGCUAUCGCGUUGCAAUUGUAAGAAGAAUCGUGGAUGUGCAUACGGGCAUCUUUAGAAUCAUCGGUCUUACUCAGAUCUUUCCAACCAUACCAGCGUCAAACGGAAUUGCUGCCAUGGAAGCGUCCCCACAAGACUAGAAUGAUCCAUUGGAAUACGUCGAUCAGAGAAUAAUCGUCGAUGAUGGUUGACUAAGUUAUUUGUGUGUGUGUGUGUUUUUUAAGUGUGUUUUUCUGCUUGAAUACUAGUUUACGGUUAUUUUAUUUAGUCCUGGCCGGGCGCAACGCAUACGUAAAAUGUAUCUUGAAUCUAAUUAUAUCUUGAUUAAAACAAGAAAUCAUUGCAUGAA